AUGAUGAGAGAAUCUCAUGGAGAGAAGCUUCAGUUGUCAGAGAAAGUGUCAUCCAGUGACAUUUCGAUAGCCUCUAGGCCUGAGAUGUUGGAUGCCAGCCCGUUGUCACAGUCCCCGUACACUUUGCGUGGCAUCAGUAUACCCUCAGUGCAGACAGCAAUCGUUACACCAAAGUUGGGCCCGAGCCUCAACCAAGAGGUCCAAUCAAUCCCUGUGCGACCCCCAGGGCCUGGCGAAGUUGUUGUCAAAAUAGCUUGGACAGGCAUUUGCGGCAGCGUAAGCGGUCUUCUUGGGAUCCAAGAUGUACUGUUCUCACUCGGCCCUGAAGACGGCCUCCGGGGACCUAAUCAUAUCGCUGGCCACGAAGGUAUCGGGCACGUAGUCAUGAGCUUCGAUCAAUCACUUCUAGGCAAACCAGUUGCGGCGAGAUAUCUGGCCUCCUACUGCCGAUCUUGCUACUAUUGUUCGCACGGCAUCCCCGAAUCCUGUCAGGAGCAGACAACCUUCCCUCGCCACCACAGCGGCACGUUUCAGCAAUACCUAACAGCACCUUAUACUUCCCUCAUGCCGCUACCAAAUUUCGUUUUCGAUGAAGGGAUGGGUAUCCGUCCUGGGAUGUACACCACCGCUCCAUGUUCCGGGGCCGCGGCACUCAGGGCUUUGAAGUCUGCGAAUCCUUCCCUGGGCGAUUUGGUCAUUGUCAGUGGGGUUUGCGGCGGGAUUGGACAUUUAGCCGGAAUGAUGGCCCGCAAUGUUUUCAAAGCUAAAGUUAUUGGUAUCGAUCUGGCGUGGAAGGCUGAAGCGUUGGGCUCGAGAGCUGCCGAUACCUUUGACGAAUUCAUUGCCGCCCCCGACCAGGCGAUUGACUGGGACGAGUUCCAAAGGAGCAUUUCCGACGCGUGCCAAAGACUACGUAAUGCCAAAGAGGCUCGGCGGAACGCCGAUUAUCUGAUUGUUACAUCAGGUUGCGAAACGGCCUUCGAAGGACUGAUCGAUUACGUUUGCGAUGGAGGCUCAGUCAUAUGCGUCGGGGUACCGAAAUCAAGAGGAAACUUGACCAUACCCUUGGCUUUGAUGGUGGAACGUUCGAUUAAAUUCCAGGGUCUCCUGAUGGGUGGAUGGGAUGAGAGUUAUGAGGUUAUGGAGUACAUCAGAGAGGGCAAGCUGCGGCCUCUUGUGGUAGAAGCCUGCCUGGAGGAAGUUCCGUUUCGAAUGAAGGCCUUUAAAGACCAUCAUAACAUCGGGAAGGUCGUUGUCAGGAUGAACGAUUCAAUAUGGCGUGAACGUCUUAUUUGA